CAUCAAUGUCCCAAGUGCUCUCGAAGAACAUUCACACUAAUGAAAUUAGUACAGCAUGUUGGACUUAUACAUGCUCAAGAGUCUAAUUUUAACAUAACUUGUGGAUUGAAUGAUUGUCAAAGUACAUUUUCAAAAUAUGAGUCUUUCAGAAGACACAUGUACAGAAAACACAAGCACUCCAUUUUGCCCUCUGAUGACGAAGAGCAUGAGCCCCCUAUGGACCUUGAAAAUGAAGAUGCCGCUGCAGAAAAUGAUCCCUCCACAAAUGGCAUGGCCGAACAGCCUCCCUGCUUGAAUGAACUGUUGACAUCGUUUAGUGAGAACCUUGUUAGUUUUAUUCUAAAAUGUAGAGAAAAAAAUAAUCUUCCACUGUUGGUACAGGAGGAAAUCCUUGAUGAUGUCAAUGUUUUGUUUUGUUUUUUUAAGGAAAACUAUGAUGCAUUCAUAGCCUACCACCUAAACAAAAGUGGCUUUAACAUGUCAGAAAACCCUGAAAUUCAGAAUGUUUUACAAUCUAAGGAUUUUUUUGAAGAAGCAUCAAUUGUGAUUAGGUCUAAAUACAAGCUGAAAGAGCAUUGCAAGUCAAAACUCGAUAUGACUGAACCUGUUCAGUACACUUUAAGAGGUUCUUCAGGACACAAACUGGGCAGCUACUCCUAUGUUCCUCUUAGUCAAGUGCUGCGUAAAUAUUGCUCCCACGUAGAUGUUUGGGAAGAAAUACAGUCUUACAAUAACCAACAAAAAAAUGAAGGUGUUUUAAGUGACUAUUCCGAUGGGGUCUACUUUGCAGAGCACCCAUUCUUCAUGCAUCAUCCGAAUUCCUUACGACUACAUUUUUAUGAGGAUGAGUUUGAAGUAGUGAACCCUUUAGGUUCUAAACGUAACAAACACAAAUUGUGUGCCUUUUAUUAUUCAAUCGGUAAUAUGGACGGGCGCUAUCGGUCUCAAUUGAAGAAUAUUCAUUUAGCUUUACUUGUGCGUUAUUCAUAUGUAAAACAAUGUGGUUGGGAUGUCAUAUUGAAACCAAUGCUUGAUGAUCUCAAAGAUCUAGCAACGAAUGGGUUCACUGUAUCUGUUAGUGGGAUUGAGUAUAAAGUUAAUGCAGCACUAGCAACGAUUUCUAGCGAUAAUCUCUCUGCUCAUAUGCUUGCUGGGUACAGCAUGUCAUUCAACUCUGGUAGGAUUUGUAGGUAUUGCAUGGCAACUUAUAAUGAAAUGAAAGAAAAGUUUACAGAGGAAUGUUUUGUUUUAAGAACAGCAGCUGUUCACCAAUAUCACCUUGAAUGUAUAGUACAAAAUCCAGACAGUAAAGCAAUAUAUGGAGUACAGAGUAAAUGUCCAUUUGAUGAACUGCCCUAUUUUGACACAACUACCUCCUUUCCCCCAGACAUAAUGCACGAUCUACUAGAAGGAGUAAUUCCUUUAGUUCUAAAACUUGUUUUGACUCGAGCUCAUAGAGAGAAGCAUAUCACUAUUACAGAAGUAAAUGAAGAGUUACAGAAACUCUCAAUUGGUCAGGAAUAGUUGGAUCUGCAUCACAAAAGUGGUGUCUUUUUAGGUUGCUCCCUUUUCUAAUAGCAGACCGUGUUCCACCAGAUAGUAAAUAUUGGAAUGUGUUCCUCUUGUGUCGUGAGAUUUCAGAUAUUGUCAUGGCAUCUACAGUAAAAAAGCGGUGUCUUCCCAUGUUAGACUUACUUGUACAGGAGUUCCUCGGAGAAAUGAAAGACGUAUUUGGGAUCAUUACACCCAAGUGCCAUUAUAUGAUACAUUACUCUCGACUUAUGUUAAUGUAUGGACCUCUUCGAUCCCUUUGGUGCAUGCGAUUUGAAGGGAAGCAUCAGUAUUUUAAAAAUGUUGCCAGUAAUUGUAGGAACUUCAUUAACAUAGCUACAACACUAAGUAGCCGUCACCAAUACAAACAGUGCUGGGAGUUUUCCUCCAAGAUUUUAUGUGACUUUGAAAAAGUACCAGGAAAGAGUAUUGGCACACCAUUUGAAUCUUUACCAGCCCAACUUCAGACAGCUCUUUCAAACUUUGUAGGAAUUGAUUUGAAUGGCAAGGUUGUUCAACGUGUAUCUGAGGUUUUAUUACACAAUGUUAAGUAUGCCUUAAAGGACAUUUUCGUUAUUGCUACAGUUCAUUCUGAGGAAAUUCCCUUGUUUUUUGAGGUAAAAUACAUUUUAAACAUGGACACAAAAUUGGUUUUGUGUGGGAAAAUGCUGAUUCCAGUAUCAUAUCUUAAACAUUUCCAUGCAUACCAAGUCCAGUAUGACACUGAUUGGUCAUGUUUUCUGCCAGGCCAAGAGAUCAAUUUUUCACCUCUUGAUAGCUAUACCGUGGAUGACAAAUUGUUGGUGAAUAUUUCCAAGUAAUAUUGUGACUGGGUGACUGACUGACCGACUGGGUGAUCAGUAUGACACUGGUCAUAUUUUCACAUCGCUAUGCAGUGGAUUACAAAUUGUUGUUGAAUAUUUCAAACUAAUGAGAAUUGUGAAGCUUUGAUAGAUUGCUGUAUUUAUGAAAAUGUGUUUCAUUGUAUUGGUGAAUGUUUCACCCAUUGAUAUAUAUACUGUGGAUGACGGGUUGUUGGUCAUCAGUAUAUCAAAAGUAUGUUUUUCUAUAUUGAUGGGUUAUUGAACAUUUAUUUUCAUUUUUCAGCGUUCGUAGGAAAUGAAUUGAUGUUUUUAUUGAUUAUUGUUGUAGCAUGCAAGUUGCCAUCUAUAUUAUGUGCUGACUUUCUGAUGGGAGUGAUGUGAGGGAUAACGUGUUUUGAUAUUGAUUAAAUGAGAUUAAACUAAAAUAUUUGGAUUUUUGCCUGUUUUGUCUGACAAAAACCUAUGCUCACUUUUAAAGGUACAAUAAAGUGACAAAUGUGUACCUGAAAGGUACAACUAGCAUUGUCACUGGGGUGGUACCCUAAAGAGACAAAUUUGUACCAUUUCAGAAGGUACAUGUAUAUGUUGUAACUGACCGCUACGUUAUUUAAUAUGCAUGGUUAGGGGCGGGCGUAGGUAUGGGUGUGACGCUGCGAACCCCGGAAUCAUAACUGAUUUAAACUAUUGCCAGGCAACGAGGUCUAGCCUGUGCUACGGACCUCUCAAACAUACACGUAAGUUACUGAAUUGCCACAAAUAUUGUGUUAUAUAAUCGGUUUGUAUAGGUUUUAAUUGAAACUGUGUGUGUUGUUCCUUGGCUCAACUGUUCAUAGUGCCAAGUGAUAUAUUAAGAUAAGGACUGCCAGGCCUGACGUCGCACAUAUUGCACCCUCGGUGAGCGGAGCGAGGUACGUUACAGGGACUGUAUUACAAGUGUUUGUUUGAUCCGUGAAUAUAUAUUUGUGAUUUAAUCAAUGACUUGUACUUGUUCUAUGUCUGUAUAUAUUUUAGUUUUCACGAUGAUUGAAAGACCAUUAAAGAAACUGCAUCCGUC